AUGUCCAGCGUACCUAAUUCGUUGACUCCUAUAAAUCGACCUGAACAAAAUCGAGGCGGCUCGAAUUUAAUCAAUACGUAUAUUUCACAAUCAUUUCGAGAUCAACAACAAAUAGAAAAUUUUGUGCGCGGCCAUAAACUGUUGAAGUGUAUCGAAGAAAUCGGUGAGAGAUUCAUUACAAAGUAUAGAGAUUCCAAGCGUUCGGAAGAUGCUUUGGCCGCCAUUGUGAUACCUUUAACCUUUAUUUACGAAGAUAUCGCGAAAACUUCCAACGAAUUGUUGCAUUUGUCGUUAGAGGAACCAGUACAGUUUGAGAAUGCUGUUAAAUAUUGCGUAUUCGGCAUAAUACGUGAUAUGAUUAAACAGGCCAGCAGUGAUAGUGUCGGUAAUGAGUUUGCUUUAAAAACCGUUGAUAUCGAUCAAGUUCAUCUGCUGUUGCGUUUUGCGGGCUUACCGUUCGAGAAAAAUUUAUUAUUUGAACCGUAUUUACAUGCAUAUCCAACUGGUUUAAGUCUUGUCGUGGGUAUAUUAGUUGCCUUUACGGAAUUGGAAAAAGAAGUGUAA